UGAGCAGAGGCGUCACCGACUCACCCGUGCUGGGUCACAGCGUGCUUAUUUGGGGGAAACAGAUAACACGCUGCUCAGUUAUUACCUUAUGACUCGCUGUCAAAUUGAACGAAUGGUGACCUAACAGAGAUGGCCAAUAAGGGAGUGUGUUGUGCCAACCUGGAGGAUUCUAACGCCUUGAUGAAGAUGGGUCUAAGCAUGGUCCUCAUUGGUCAUGUUAACUUCCUGUUGGGAGCGCUGGUGCACGGUGUGGUGCUCAGACCCAUCAGCCUCCAUAAGCAGGCCCGAGUCAUAGAGUAUGCAAUCUCCAAUGUGGUCGCUCUCACCUCCGGGCUUGUGGGAAUUGUUGUUGGCAUUUUGGCUAUUGUCCAGUCUAAAAACAAGAGGAGUAGAGGCCUGACGUGGACACUUUUUACAGUCAGUCUGACUGCAGCUCUCAUGGCGGCAGCUUCAGCCAUUGGACUCACGAUUUCUGUGGUGAGGGCCAUCAUUCAUGGUGGACGAAGCCUCCUGACUCACUGCCGCUUCCCUGAUGCCAUUGGCUACUCGAGCAUCACCAACGAGUGUCCCUUUGAUCCCACACGCAUCUAUAGUACCACUUUGAUCCUUUGGGUGCCUCUGAUCGUGACUUGUGUCAUCCAGAUGGUGUUUUCUUCCCGGACCUUUGCUGCCUGCAUUUCAUUUCUUAAUCUGCCUUGCUGUCAUAGGAGAAAAACAACUAGGGACUAUGGCAGAGCGAUCAAUAUAGUGAGGCCGAUGGAGGAAGCACCCCUCUCUCACUAUACUGAACCUCCAAGAAGCUACACUGAAACUCCAAUAAUCUACAACGAACCUCCAAGAAGCUACACUGAAACUCCAGCACGCUACACUGAAACUCCAAGAUGCUAUCGUGAACCUCCGAGGAGGAUUACGGAUCCUCCAAGGCAGAAGCAGAGACCUCCUCAGCCUCCGCAGCAUCCUCCCCGUCUGCAUCAGAGUCUUCCCCCCUCAGACAGGAGGCACAGGGCAGCAGAGCAACACCAACGGCUGGACAGGGGUUCCCUAGAAAGGUCGAGCUUUUGGAUUUAACCACAUCUGACAUUCUAGAGCUUCUUGAAGACCAGUCGCUACUGUGGGUGUAGUAACAACUAUUGGAUUUGAACAUCAUGCCUCAACCCAUACUGAAAAAAGGAUGAACUCAGAACUGGAGAUGUUGUUUUUUUUAGCAGUGUAGUGAAUGAAUACUUGAUGUAUACAUUUUUGGAGGUUAAGUGUAUUUGAAGAGAGUGCAGGAUGCCAGUUAUGUGAGUAAGUCUGUUCUAUUUUAUUACUUUGGAGGGUCACGUUAUUCCUAUCAUGACAGACGGAUGAGGCAAAUCCUCCAAAGUGAGGACAUGAUGCAACUCCUUGUUUGCACAAGGGUUUAGAUAAGUCAGAGUAAAAAUAAUUGU